AUGGGUCGAAAGGAUAAAAACAAAAAGAAAGGUAAGGGUGCCGAAAAAACGUCAAUGAAGACGGACAAAAAGCUUGUGGCAAAACAGAAGAAGUUACUUGCGAAACUAGGUGAGGACGACAUCGAAAACAUUGUUGCCAAAUACGAAACGAAGGACACAAAAUCGUCCGAUCUGACCGAAAUCGUUUGUCCGCCACCAACGGCCCGUGUGAACGUUGGCAUCUGUGCCCACCCGGGCGACAAGGAGGAAAUAUUCAUCCACGGCGGUGAGUUCUUCAACGGGCAGCAAACCGUCAUCUACGGUGACUUUUACUCCUUCAACGUGGCAAAAAACGAAUGGAAAACGCUCAAAUCUUCUAUCGCCCCGGCACCGCGCAGUGGCCACCAGAUGGUAUCGGUCGCAACGGACGGUGGACAGAUUUGGCUGUUUGGGGGCGAGUAUGCCUCACCCUCACAGCUUCAGUUCUAUCACUUCCGUGAUCUGUGGGUGUACCGGAUGGUGAAGAAACAGUGGGAGAAGCUGAACGCCCCGAAUGGUCCCAGCGCUCGGAGUGGCCACCGUAUGGUGGUUACACGCAAGAAACUGUUUGUGUUCGGUGGAUUCCACGAUAAUAACGCUUCCUAUCGGUACUUUAACGAUCUGUACGCAUUCUCGCUGGAAAACUACAGCUGGACAAAGAUUGAUGCGGUCGGUACGGCGCCUCCAGCGCGUUCCGGAUGUUGCAUGGUGGCGAACACGGAUGGUAAAAUCCUGAUCUGGGGUGGAUACUCAAAAACCAACGUAAAGAAGGAAAUCGAUCGUGGCACAACGCACACGGACAUGUUCGCCCUGGUGGCCGACAAACAGGACGCAAAGGGACAGUCAACUUACAAAUGGGCCAGCGUUAAACCGAACGGGAAAAAGCCGGCACCACGCAGUGGCAUGGCGGUGGCAAUUGCACCGAACGGUAAGGCGUACGCGUUCGGUGGCGUAAUGGACACGGAAGAGGAUGAAGAGGACGUUCGGGGGCUUUUUAGCAACGAAUUGCAUGCGCUCGAUACCGGGGCUGGUACUUGGCGUAAGCUAGAACUGGCGGCCAAAGCACGAAAAGCGGAAAAGUCGAAGGCGACCGAUGUGGACAUGAAUGAGGAAGCAAAACAAAACCCCGAGUCGAAGAAGAUCGUAUCGGAUGAUGGUGUAUUCACUAUGACCGUUGGAGGUGGUAGUAGUGGCGGUGGAUCGAAAGGACCAGUCAAGGACGACGCGGAUGAUAAUGGUGUACUCGAUCUUGGAGGACCAUCGCCAAGGAUGAAUGCGGCCAUCGUUGUGUGCAAGGGGCAGCUGUACGUGUACGGCGGACUAUUUGAAUCCGGCUCGAGACAGUUCACGUUGAGCGAUCUGUAUUCCUUAGAUCUCCAUAAGGUGGAUGUGUGGAAAACGUUGAUUGCAAACAGCUUAAAUUCGAGCGAAUGGCUUGGUUCGGAUAGUGAAGGAGAUUCUUCGGACGAUGACGAAGAGGAUGACGACGAUGACGAUGAUGAUGACGAUGAGGACGACGACGACGACGACAGUUCGGAAGAUGAUUCUUCCGGUAUGGAAACGGAGUGA